GGGGCGUGUCGGCACGGCGCGGCAGGGGAUGAGGGGUUGCUAACAUGGGUCGGGUACUCGUGGAGCUCUUUUACGACGUGGUAUCUCCUUACUCCUGGCUAGGGUUCGAGGUUCUCUGCCGAUACCAGCACAUAUGGAAUAUCGAUUUGCGCUUCCGUCCGGCUUUCCUUGGCGGCAUAAUGCAGUCAACUGGUAACAAGCCUCCAGCAAUGUUGCCAAAGCGUGCAGAAUACCUGCUGAAGGAUAUAAAAAGGAUGGCAAAAUAUUAUCAGGUGCCUGUAACACUUUCAGAAGAUGUAUUCCAACGUAUCCUUGGUAACAGCAGUCUGGGAGCCAUGCGUUUUAUCACAGCCGCUGACAUGACUCAACCAAAGUACUUGGAACCCUUAUCUAGAGAGUUCUGGUUACGUUUUUGGUCACAGGUAGCAGAAAAGGCUGGGCUAUCCUCUGAGCUCACCCAGAAGCUACUUGAAAUGAUUUCAUCCCCUGCAGUGAAGAAUCGUCUGAAGGAGACAACUGAGGAAGCAGUAAAAUAUGGGGCAUUUGGGAUGCCUGCCGUUGUGGCACAUGUUAACGGGAAACCUCAUCUCUUUUUUGGCUCUGAUCGUUUAGAGCUGCUAGCCAGCAUUAUAGGUGAAAAAUGGCUGGGACCAGUUCCCUCAGCUCCAAGCCCAAAAAUGUGAAAAGUACUGGGGAAAUACCUAAGAAUGAAAAGACAACACUUAUAUAUACGGUUGAUCUUUGGUGAUUAUGUAUCCAAUUUUAUAGAGAGAUGGCUUUCUCUUCCUUAACUGCUAACUCUACAGAUCAGCUUCAUUUCUAGUUAAGAAGUUUGAGAUUUGCCAAUAUUAACCAUCUGGUUAGUUUUUUACAAAUACAAAUGUGUUGCUUCCAAAGAUUAAUGUUUAACGUUAACGAUUUAACUUCUUUCAGGUUAAUCAUCAUCUUUUCCAACCAAAAGCAUGAAGAUUAAAUUAUUAUGGGACCGAUAUCUUGACGUUUCAGAGAGCUCUCGUAUCUUCCCAUUUGUCCUUUAGAAACACACAUACAGCCUAAGAGAUGUUGGCCACAUUUGCCUUUUAUUUUAAGUCCAAGAAACAACAAAGACAGAAGAAGCACAGGACAAGGCAUUCAUGUUUCCUUUCACCUUGCAGCACAGCGGUUGGUUAGACUAGUGGGGGGGGAGAGAGAGAGGGAGAGAGAGAGAAUUCAAGUCCAAAGCAAAAUCUGGGGAACCGGUCAAGUACUUCAAAAAUAACUGCUCCCUCAACUGGACAGUAUUUAUACCUGCACUCAUGUGACUGACACUGGAGAUCACCACACGUGUGUGUUCAUAGGCACCAGCUCCAGCUCUUGCAGAGGUUUUUAAUUAAUACCAAUUUUGCAGUAGUGUCCUUGGAAGACAGUGGUGAACACGAUGUGAACUCAGUUGGCAGCCAAACUUGACUAAGCUUUGCUUCCUCAAGAAUGGCCUUGUUGCUGACUGUCCAACAGUGAUCUAGGAUGUGACUAGGAGGGACUUGGCAUUAUACAGUCUGCAGUGGGGAAGAUGCAAACAAUAAGAUCAAAACCGAAACAUUUCAUUUGCCACUCCCUCCCCUGGCUACAGUCCUUUCAAUGUGCACACUAAAAUUGUUUGAAAACUUGGCCUUAUAUUGGCUGAAUUGGAAUAGCGUAUUUGAAUUGACUUGUGUGGGGCUUGAUUUCUCAAUGUUUCCUCAAUGCCUCUGAUGGUGAAGGAAGCAGAGGGUCUAGCGGCAGCUGGAAUCUGUUUUUUGUCUCUUAAAGUUAAGGUAUAAUAUAUUCAUGCUCAGUCAUUGAACAGCGAGUCCUGGGACAAGGCAGCAGAAAAAGACCAGUAUCCAUGUUCUUAUAGCUUUAAGUGUUCGUUUCCCCAUCCACAGCUUUUUCCUUCUUACAUCUCUUAUGCAUCUUCAGGAAAUAUCAUAAAAUUGGAGAACUCCUUUCUCAUUUUGACCACUUCACCCUGGGCAGAUCCAGUCUGAAAUUUAAGGAAAUGGGGCUACAUUCACUGAGGAGUCAGAAUGACAGGGAAGUUACCAUCCACAUGAAUGCCAUAGGCUUUUGUAAGUGCCUUCAAGCCACGUUGGAGAGGUUUUUGACCAUUAUACCCCUGAAAUUUGCUACUCUUUAAUCAGUGUUACAAAAUUAAUUCUGAGGUGCUGGUAAAAACGGAGUGGCUGAGACCUUGCUUUAGGCCAGACCAUGUCAGUGACUUGAUUCACAGUGCUGUCUCAGAAAUGGGUAAAAUGCACUUUUGUGGAGGUAAUGAGCUCUGGUGAAAAGUUGGGGAAAAUGCAAUAAAUGUCUUGAAUUAAUCUGAUGGUGAAAGCCAAGUUCUCAUGAAGCUUUAUCUUACGAAAGAGCUUGACUUAAGAAAUAGCCUCUGUGGCAAAACUUUGUUGGUUUGAGAGAUGGAUCUCAUGAAAUGGAUCUUACGGACUGUUGUGUACUUUCCCAAAUUAUCUUCAAGGCUGUCAGGUGCACUUGAGAUCAGUAGAGAUGAAAUGCUCAAAGACUGAAGUACUAAAAUAUCAUUUACACACUACUGAGAAGAUUAACAAAAUCCAGACUCAGGUUUUUCCUUAUAUCACGUAUUGCCUGUGAUAACCACUAGUAAGUGAUUACAUCCUCUGCAUUUAUUUCAGUGAGGAUGCGUAUUUUUGCAAUUCUGCGUACAUACUUUGAGUAAAAUUGGCCUGUUUUGGGAGCAGAGGUUUGAGGAAGUUCUGCCUCUUGUCUACAGAGACCCAAUCACGAGCACGUGGCUCUUGGCAGACACUCUGAUGACUACCCCAAUAAACACUGGUUAACAGCUA